ACAGACCAUAAGGAACUUCACCCUUAAACCACAAACAGCACACCACUUUGUCACCGGUGCUUUGGGUUUAAGUGGAACUAUUCGACCAACCAAAAAAUAACUUUAAAAUCAGGACAUUCAGAUUAAAAGAAAAACUCAGCAACAAUAUGGGAAAAGAAACGUUUUGCUUUUUGACCAUUUGGAUAACUUUGGGAAACAUCCAUGCAACUUUUUCCUUAGAUCUUGAACCCACCACCAACUCAACUGUUUUUGCAACAGUAAACAGCACAGUCACCGAUGCGCCUCUUCCAGCCACCACCGAAUGGAUGACGGAUUACACUGACAUCGUGUCCAAGUUCUCCCUGCGCACCGCCGAGCUCCCAGAUGAUGAUAUGUGCUACAUGGUGGCCGGCAGACCAGAAACCAUUCAAGAGUGCCAAUUCGAUGCUGAAACUCAGACCUUCAUUGUGAUACAUGGCUGGACGGUAACAGGAAUGUUUGAGAGCUGGGUGCCCAAGCUGGUGUCCGCCCUGUAUGAGCGCGAACCAAAUGCCAACGUGAUCGUGGUGGACUGGCUGACCCGUGCCAACCAGCACUACCCAACCUCUGCAGCCUACACCAAGCUGGUUGGUCGUGAUGUGGCCAAGUUCGUUACCUGGCUUCAGAAAGAGCUGCAGUUGCCCUGGGAGAGGAUUCACCUGCUGGGAUACAGUCUGGGAGCACAUGUGGCCGGCAUUGCUGGAGACCUCACUGACAAUAAGAUCAGCAGGAUCACAGGUCUGGAUCCCGCUGGUCCUACCUUCGAGCACGCAGAUGAGCAGAGCACUCUGUCCCGAGGCGAUGCCCAGUUUGUGGACGUCCUGCACACCAAUACAAGGGGCUCUCCAGACCGCAGUAUCGGCAUCCAGAGACCUGUUGGUCAUAUCGAUAUUUACCCCAAUGGUGGAACCUUUCAGCCAGGUUGCGACAUUCAGAAUACCUUGCUGGGGAUUGCAUCAGAAGGAAUCAAGGGCCUCCAAAAUAUGGAUCAGCUUAUCAAAUGCUCCCAUGAGCGCUCUAUCCACUUGUUCAUCGACUCCCUGCUGAACACCCAGCAACAGAGCAUGGCCUACCGCUGCAACUCCAAGGACGCCUUCAACAAGGGAAUGUGCCUCAGCUGCAGGAAGAACCGCUGCAACAAGCUUGGCUACAACAUCAACAAGGUCCGCACGACCCGCAGUGCCAGGAUGUAUCUCAAGACACGCGAUAUGAUGCCAUACAAGGUUUUCCAUUACCAAGUGAAGGCACACUUCUUCAGCAAGGACAAAAUGAGCUUCAGUGAGCAGCCAAUAAAGAUUUCACUACAUGGAACCCAUGGAGAGAAGGAGGACAUCCCUAUUGUCCUGCCCACCCUGGAUGACAACACCACCUUGUCCUUCCUGAUCACCACUGAUGUGGACAUCGGUGACCUGAUGAUGGUCAAGAUUCGCUGGGAGAAGGAUGCACUCUUUAGCUGGUCCGACUUUUGGGGCAGCAGCAAAUUUCACCUCCGAAAGCUCCGCAUUAAGUGUGGGGAGACUCAGUCCAAGGUGAUCUUUAACGCAAAGGAAGGAGAGUUUGCUUACCUCAUCAGGGGAGGGGAAAAUGCAGUCUUUGUCAAGUCAAAAGAAGACAAACUGAGUCGUAAAGAAAGACAGAUGCACAGACUUAAGACGCAGGGCACUCUUUUCGGUCAGAAGGAAGCAUGAAGAAAACUUGACAUAACUCAUCGAACACAUCAGCCAUCUCUACUUGCAUAGCCAAAGAUGGACAGCACACAGAAACACUGGGGAAUCAUCUGCAGAAACCUGGACUCUUAGUGAAUACUCUUCUAUUCUUAUUUCUCCCCUGAGCACCCAAUGAAACCAACCCAACCUCAUCCACAGUUUAUGAAAUCACUCUCUAUGCUUCCUGUGUCUCAUUUAAAAUUCUGCUGCUGCAAAAAUGUUACUGGGUUCAUUUUUGAUGAUGUACACAUGUCCACUUUGAGUAGCUUUCGCUGCUUUGUAAUAAUUGUUUAUGCUCAUAUAUCCUGUAUGUACUGUUUUUACUGACUGAUGUAUUUCAGAACCCUGAAAUGAUGUGUUUCCUUUGCCUAUGUGAACUUGGAUUAAUGAAAUGAUUCAUAGUGAUAGGCAUAAUCAUGGCACAUUUCUGUGUUUGUUUUGGCUUUCUAAUCAAUCAUUUUGUUGCAACAGUUUGACUUUUUUUUUUUUUAACCACUAAUUGCCAGAAAUCGACAGGGACCAAAGAAACAUUCGUUAUCUACUGAAGUCAAUCACAGCAUUCCUUGUAAAUACUGUAAUCAGCAUCAGCGAUCUUUUCUUUUUGAACAUGAGCCAUGUGUUAACACCUAAUCUCUUGAAGUCUUGUUUGUUCUUUGAUUGUACUGGUUUUUGUGUCACUGGUCAGCAUUUAGUUGGCAAAAUAGGUCAGGAUACAUUCUAUUAGGGAUUUGCAUUCUUUCAUUUUGGUAUUUUUUUAUUAUGGUAAAUCACAGCCACUCGUUUAAUCAUCCAGAAACAGAGUUCCACCUCACAGAUGACCUCAGUUCAGAACACCAAUUUAUCUUAAAAGAAAAUCACAAAGCAAGCCUUUAAAAUCUGUAAUGGGAAAUUAUUUCCACCAUACAUCUCAAGAAGAAGACUUCGUACUGUAUUUAUUGAUUGUAGAUUUAUACAUUUGUAUAUGAAGCUGUAAUAUAUGUUGACAGGCUUGCAUUGCUGUUUGUAUUUCUAUAAAUGAAGCAUUUUUAAAUGUUUUUCAUGGACAAGGCUUUGGACGCAUAGAUCAGAUUGAGCUCCAUGCCAGCUGCUGAGUCCAUUGAGUUUUUUUAAUGAACUGAACUGUUCAGAAGAAAGAGCCCAGGAAUGGUUUAAUAAAGCACUACACCUGCAUCUAGA